AUGAGCUCAUUUCUGGAACAACUCCUAAUCCUAGCCCCGCCCGGAGAGUCCCCAUACGAGUACGCAGCCACUCUGCUCGGCAAUGUUCUCCCCGAAAAAGCGGGUUGGUUUUUCUGGAUGUUGGGUCUUGGGUCGAUUGUGAAUGCCUUUAAUCUGAUUCUAAACUUUGUUUGUAUUUAUAUGGUUGGCGCUCGACACAAGCUUGGCGAUUCGAGUCCCUAUUGGUUUGUUAGGCUGCAGUAUGAUCAUUCAAGUGGUGUACCAUAUAUCGUUCCGAACGCUCUGAUGAUGUUUUUGCUGUUUAAUGGAAUCUUCGCUUUGUUGAUGCAGCCGUACAUUUGGAUUAAUUAUAUAACUUAUAAACAUCGCACAAGACUCGCACCUGAAACUGGCUUGUUCUUUUGGUAUGGGUUUAUCUUCAUUUUCGAUGGGUCCGGAAUGUGGAUUAGUGCUUUUGGAACUUUCUAUGCAACGCUGCUUCCGCAGUUGCUUAUCAGCCCAAAUUAUGCCGGCAUAGGCCAAGUUCUCGUUCACCCUGCUUUCUUGAAUGCGUUAUGUUAUGGUCUUCCGCUCGCGCUUUUGGUUGCUCAAGUUAUCACAUCUGCACAGUCCCAAAUAGCCUGGCACGACAUGCUGCUUCUCGAGUUUGAUGUGGUGGAUAAUCUCAAUAUUCUCAGUCGACAGUGGAAAUCUGGUGGCAUUGACCAGUCCUUGUGGAACCAGACACUUGUCAUCUCCAAGCCCCUUCUUGGGAAGAUACUAGAGUCUAGAGCUGCGUUUGUGAGAAACGCUGCUACAACUGGAGCCUGGUACACCUUGUGCUUUGUGUUCUUUACCCCUAGUGCUGUUUGGCUCCUAUAUACCCUUCAUCGAACAAUUGAGAGGAAACUUUGGGUCCCGGAUCUUCAGCUAGAAGCUCUCGGCCCCAUUUCCUCAUUACAUCCCCCAAGUUCGCGCACCUCGGGAAGUGAACAGACGACUCCUACCAGUGCUGCAUCCUUAGCCCCCGAGUACCAAGAUGCACAAGCUCAGGAGAGGGUGCACGACCCUGGAGGCAAGACGGCCAAAAAGCUGCAGACUGCCUUCUACUCGGCUAUGUUGCAAUUCAUCGCGACCGGGUUUUGCCUUGGUGCUGCUGCCGGGUCGUGGAUAUGGGCAGCGACUGAUGCGAGGGUCAAUAUCAAUCCUACACUACAUGCGUUGGCGGUAAUAUUAUCUGUAUGGGUGUACUCGAUUGUAGGUAUUGCGGUCAACAUGUUUAUAUGCGUUCGGUUAAAAGCUAUUGGGUUCCGGCUCCCAAAAAUGAUGGACUAUUUUGAUGGGGUAUGGAGAAUAGGAUCGAGUCAAGAGAAGAGGGAUUCUGUACAUGCUUGA